CCGUAGAAGAAGAAUUCGUUUCCUCUUUCCGGGUUUAGCUUGGUUACCUGCAGGUAAACAAACACGCAUGGUGACAUUGAAAGAUGCAAACACCAUUUCAGUUAGUUUCCAUCAAUUCAUGGACGCCACAAGUUAGUGGUUUAUCCUCUAAAACACUUUAUAAACCUCCGGUCUGAGCAGGAAGCCCAGAAUGGCUCUUUCUGGCGUGCGACUGUGCACCAGACACAUCAGCUCCGGGCUCCAAGUCUGCGGUCACGCUGCACUCAGUCAAUCCUCCCGACCCCAGGAGAAAACCAGCAGCAGGGGCCCGGUUUUUCAGUUUGUCGGCCGGCACAAAAAGCCCUCCCACAAAGUGUUUGUGUGGGGCUUCAGCUUCACCGGCGCGCUCGGUGUCCCCAGCUUCGUGGUGCCGGACGGCGGCAGGAAGAAGCCCCGCAAAUACCAGCUGACUCCUUACCGACUGGAGACCGCGGAGCAGAUCUCCUCCGCUGCUUGCGGCUACGGCUUCACUCUCAUCGCCUCGCCGACCAAAGACGUGACCAAGCUGUGGGGCAUGGGCCUGAACGCGGACUCUCAGCUGGGCUUCCAGCGCACGCAGCACAGCCGCCAUCAGAGCUACGACUACGUGUUGGAACCCUCCCCCGUGGCUCUGCCUCUCGUCGAGCCCCUGCAGACCAAAGUGGUUCAGGUUGCGUGCGGCCGCGCUCACUCUCUGAUCCUCACCGACCAGGAGGGAGUUUUCAGUAUGGGCAACAAUGCCUAUGGCCAGUGUGGAAGGCCCAUCGUGGAAGAUGAAGUUUACAGCGGCAGUCACACCAUCCACAAGAUGGAAGGCUUCGACAGCCGGGUCACGCAGGUGGCAUGUGGACAGGAUCACAGCCUCUUCCUCACUGAGACAGGGAAAGUGUUUGCAUGUGGAUGGGGCGCAGAUGGACAGACGGGUCUCGGACACCACGGCGUGAGCCCCCGUCCGGUGGAGGUGGGCGGGGAUCUGUCCGGGGUGGAGGUGCAGCAGAUCAGCACGUAUGGAGACUGCAGUCUGGCCGUGUCCACGGACGGCCGGCUGUACGGGUGGGGCAACUCCGAGUACCUGCAGCUGGCCUCGGUCACUGAGUGCACACAGAUCAACUCUCCCCGACUUCUUCCUCUGGUCGGCUGUGGGAAGGUGGUGCAGGCGGCAUGUGGAGGCACGCAGGUGGCCAUUCUCAACGAGAAAGGACAGGUGUUUGUGUGGGGCUACGGCAUUCUGGGAAAAGGGCCGGAUCUCUCCGAAUCCUCCACCCCGGAGAUGAUCCCCCCCACGCUGUUCGGCCGCUCCGACUUCAACCCCUCGGCCGCCGUUUCCAGCGUUCGGUGUGGACUCAACCAUUUCGCUGCAGUGACCGAUGCAGGCGAGCUCUUUGUGUGGGGGAAGAACAUGAGAGGCUGUUUGGGCAUCGGCAAGAGGGACGACCAGUACUUCCCGUGGAGGGUGACGGUGCCUGGUCAGGUUGUGGACGUAGCGUGUGGUGUUGACCACAUGGUGGCGCUAGUUAAGUCCCUCCUGUGAGCUCCUGUGUUCCUGCAGUGGAUGAAAGGUUUGGAUGUUUCGGCUGCCCCCCCUCCUCCUCCUCCUCGGGGGCCAUGCCGGAGUCUCAGAGCCAGCUGAUCUCCACAGGCGCCCCCCCCCUCCCCCCGCUGACUCCGAGCCGAGGACGGAGCUCACUUCACUGUGUGGCGGUGGAGGUGAAGGUGGGACAAGACAUCAGAGGACACUUCGGUUCAACUGGAGAUGAUCCAUCGAUUCGGAGUCAGGGAAGAGUUCUCCAUUGUCUGAUGUUUUCUUCUCUCUUCUCUCAAAACCGGGAGUUUGUUGGACAAAACGAGACAUUUGAACUGAGCUGAGAUAAUAUUCUUUGUGUGCAUUUUAUCAAUUGAAACAAUGAUCUGAAAAGACGAGCUAACUUUCCAGGACGAGAGAAUAUAUUUCUAUAUAUUUGUGUAGAAAUUGUUUGAUGAAAAUGUCAACGUAUUGUUGCCUAGAGAAUUGUUUUUUUUGUUGCUGCUCUUAACAUUACUUCUGGUUCAAAGUCCCUCCAAGAAUGUUGUGUUUUGUCUCUCAUGAGUUUGUCGUGCUACAAAUGGGCCUUGACUGAAUUUUGCAUCCCUGUGUUGCAUAAUGCCAAUAAACUAUAAGUUAAUAUAAAGAAUCCAUAUUUGAAAUGUAGAGGAUGCUGGUGACCUGUCAAUCACAAGGUAGCCCUGCCCUAAAGCAUCCCCUGAGUCUGAGUUUGACUCUAAAUGACCCACAUUUAACUAAAUAAACACCAUGGUGUUUUGAAGAAGACUUCUAAACUAAAGAUUUAGACCAUAAACUAAUUUUUACAAUGUUUACUGUGGGAAUAAAUCAAGAGAGAAAGUAGUCAUUUAAUACACUUCAGCAUUACGCUGCUUAUAGUAAUGUGUAAUGUUUUAAAUUUACUUAUAACAAGGACCCUUAACAUUAUUACAGUGAUUGUA